UAAUUGGGUGUAGUGGCACGUGAGAGCCAGCCCCCACAGCCGGUCAGUUUUUCUCCCCAAAUCGGGAGGGGGGCACCUGUGCACGCGCUUCAUUUCAGCGCAGGUAGAAACCCUGCAAAUCGAACUUAAACCACGUUCCGAGGCUACAAGGACAGUUUUAAUCAACAAACUAGCGCGGCUCGUGUCAGUGGGCACGCGCGAGUACACCGCUAAUCCAGAAUCCUGUGUGCGGGACCAUGAAUGCUGGGACGGUGUUGCCGGGGGGGAGGUGGUGGCGCCUGGGACCUGUUGGAGAUGACUGCUAAGGGCGGAGGAUGGACGCAGGACGGCAAUAACGGCAGGAGAUAACGAAGAAGGGUUGUAGAGAUGGAGUCUAUAAUGAGCGCAGUGACCCCGCGCUCCCCAGCCCCGGUCAAGAAGCUGUCGGAGGUGGACUUCCGCUCGGGGGCCCCUCUGGAGCAGCUGUCGGCACAGGUGUCCGAGCUGGUGCUGCUGGAGCAGGGGGAGUUUGGGGACCAGACGGCCUUAGAGGUCCACACUGCCAAGGAUUUCAUCUUCAACAUGCUGGGUUUAGUCCAGAAGGUGGACCAGCGCCUCCCCGUGGCCAACGAGUACCUGCUGCUUUCCGGCGGGGCCCGGGAGGGCGUCUUAGACCUCAACCCAGAAGACCUGGGGGAGUACGCCAAAGGGGCUGACUUUGACCUGGAUUUCACUCUGCUGGUGCCCGCUUUGAAGCUCCACGACCGCAACCAGCCCGUCACCCUGGACAUGAGGCACUCGGCGCCGUGCCACUCGUGGCUCAGCCUGCGCCUCUGCGACUCCAACAUCCUGUCCCGCUGGAGCAUCUGCUGCCAGGAGGAGAAUGGCCUCCCAGCCGAGGAAGAUGAGGAGGAUGAGAGGGAGAUGGGUAAGGGCUCCAUCCCCUCUCUGGGCUCUCCUCAGGCUCUAGAUGGAUGCUACUUCUCCCCCACCCUGGUGACAGACUGGUUCUGGGGGGUCGUGAGGGAGGCCGUGGAUGAGCUGAGGCGCAGCCCCCAGAGGGGCAUCCCGACCCCCGAGCGGCUGGAGAGGAACGGCCCCCUGACCACCAUCAUCCUUCAGGCCGGCUCCAGCCGGGUUCUGUACGACCUGCUGCCUGUGGUGUCGUUCCGGGGCUGGCCCGCCGUGGCUCAAGGUUGGCUGACCGCCAAUCACUUCUGGGAUGGGAAAAUCACAGAGGAGGAAGCCAUAUCCGGCUUCUACCUGCUACCCUGCUGCUCCCCCAUGGGAGGUCGAGCGGACAGAGAGUGGAGGCUGGCGUUCUCCCGCAGCGAGGUCCAGCUGAAGAAGUGCAUCCCCUUCCCCAUGGCCCAGGCCUUCCAAGCAGCCAAGGCGGUCCUGUCUCGUAUCCUGGCCCGUCCUCGGACGGGCCUCAGCCUGUACCACCUGCGCACCCUUCUCUUCUGGGCCUGCGAUCGACUUCCCGCUGCUUACCUGUCCUGCCCCGAUCCAGACACUCCCGGUCGCCUCCUCCUGGGCCUUCUGGAUGACCUGGCUCAUUGCAUUCUGGGUAAAAACUGUCCAAACUACUUCCUUCCGCAGUGCAACAUGUUGGAGCACCUGACGGACGCUCAAACUCUCCUCGUGGCCAGAAAGCUGGCCCACGUGCGCUCGGACCCCAGCGAGCACCUGCGGGCGGCCCUGGACCAAGCGCAGCAGGCGGGCCAGCUGAAGAAGGAGCUGACAGCCGGCACCAACGGCCACGGCUCCCCCGGUCAUCACCUGGCCAACGGCAUCAUCUCGCCUUCGGAGGAUAAGCUGGCUCAGCGGCUGCAGCAGCUGGUCACGGAGAACCCGGGGAAAUCCAUCUCCGUCUUUCUGAACCCGGACGACGUCUCCAGGCCGCACUUCCGCAUCGACGACAAGUUUUACUAAUGUUCUCGCCGCGCUGGAGGCGGAUCCACAAGCACACUGAUGACGACAAAGGGGAAGGGGCUAAAAAUGAGGCGGAGUCUUAAUGUGCUGUUGACUCCUCCCACUGAACAAUGCAACCAAGUCCUGCUGCUUGAUGACUCAAACCAAAAA